UAGAUGUAACGCCACGAACGUCGUAUCGAUUUGUUCUCGUGUUUUUGAACAUAGUGUUGUUUUUUAAUCUCCACGCACACCAUGCACGCUUACUUUUGACAAACUCAUUUUUGCUGCUCUUAAAAAAGGGAAUUGUACGCACUUCCGGUUCGGAUGGGACUGUUCUUUUGAGUUGUUUGGAACUUUUUGCCAGUCACAAGAAGAUAAGAGUUGCUGAUCUGCGCGUUUCUGUGGAGCUCGGCGUGAAAAAGGGCCUCGACAUGGAGUAUCAGCCGGUGUUAACCCACCAGGAGCGGAACUAUGGAAUGGUCAAUCCGGGGUACGAGCCCGCGGCGCAGGGGAGACCCGCGAUGUUCGCCCCACCCGCCGCGCCGCCCGCUGACUUCACGGGACCGAGCGCUCCUCCGGCCAGCAUGUUCGACAACAUGCCCGGUUAUGAAGGCACCCUGGCGGGAGGAGGAGCAGGAGGAGGAGGAUUCCUGCCCCCGCCGAUGCCGGCCUUCCCGACUCCCCAGCCCCAACCGGCACCCGAGCAGCCCAGUUGGAACAUCCCGUCCAUAACUGAAAACACGGCUCGGGAGGCGUUCGCCCUGUUCGCCUCCAGCAAGUGCUGCUACAGUGCCGCGCCGGCGAAGGACGGCGUGAUCACCAGCAUGGACGCGUUCAACACCUACAGGUACCGGCUGGAAACCUUCACCGAGUCGAGAUCCACCGAGUGGAGCCACGAGCCAUACCACGGUGCAGGACCCCCCCCCCGCCGCCCGCCCACUGCUUCAAAUACACGAGUGGAAUGCUCUGCUCUCUGCAGCCAGUGGGCCACUUUCACUGAUGAUCUGACGACUUUUGUUUUACCUGGAUCAGGCCAGCCGGUGGACGCCUUCGCCCAGCCGCCUCCGGGUCCCUGGGAAGUUCCUGCCAAAUUGCCCAGUUUCUUCAUGGAAGACAAACAGGUUAUGAAGGUUCCCUACACGUCCUCCAUGAAGGCCUGCCACGUUUGUGUGGGCAUGGGACGGAAGCCCUGCAAAGACUGCGCCGGUGCCGGCAAUAAAGUCUGCUGGGUGUGCAACGGGUCGGGUUAUCGCCACGGAGACGAUCGAUGCCACCACUGCAGCGGCAGAGGCCGGGAGAAUUGCACACCUUGCCAUGGUCAAGGGUCCAAGCAGUGUGACACGUGUCAGGGGAAGCAGCAGCUGCUGGUCUACAUCAACCUCACGGUGAAAUGGACCAACAACUCCGAUAACUACGUUGUGGAGCAGUCGAGCGGACUGCAGCUGGACAACCUCAGCAAAGUGUCCGGCAAGGAGCUCUUCAAGGACUCGCAGUACAUGGUAUACCCAGUGAUGGGCUUCCCAGACCCUGCAGUGGUGAAUGCUGCACAGCGGCUUGUCAAUGAGCACCAGGGCAAGUACUCGAGCACGUCACGCAUCCUACAACAGCGUCAAACCAUAGAGCUGAUCCCCGUCACCAGGGUGACCUACUCUUGGAAAGGGAAAUCACACAUCUACUUUGUUUACGGGAAUGAGUUCAAAGUAAAUGCGGAUGACUAUCCUGCUACCUGUUGCUGUACCGUGAUGUAAACUGCAACAGUUUUCUUUUCUUUUUCACCUUUCAAAACAAAAAGUCUACUUACCUUUUGACUUACUAGUGUAUGAUAACUAAUGUUAAAGGUAUUUGUACUGUUACGUCCAAAUUGUAUUCGCCAAGGAAAAAGAACAUUUACUGACACAAUAAGCCAUAAUCACAAUAUGUUCCCAGAGACCUGAGCCCUUUGAUUAUUAUAUGGCAGUAAUGUAAAAAUGUCGUAUGUAUUUUUUUAAUGUAACUAAUAGUACUGAAUCUGAAUUUCUUUUAUGGCAGAUACUUCUAAUACUUUUACACAAUUGUAACUAAUGAAUAAAUGUUUAUUGACAAAUUAGUCAUAUUUUAUUCUGAAUGAUAUGAAUGGAUGACAUAAACUGAACAAUAAAUUAUAUUUCCUUCUUA